AUGGCUUCAAUGGAGAAAAGACUGCAAAAGGAACUACAAGCUUUAUUAAAAGAUCCCCCAAAUGGUGUGAAGGUGGAUGCUCAAAGUAUAUAUAAAAAUCUUUCAGAAUGGAUUGUUGACUUGGAUGGAGCCCCUGGCACAUUGUAUGAAGGAGAAAAGUUCCAGCUUGCUUUUAAGUUUGGGUCAAGAUAUCCCUUUGACUCUCCACAAGUUAUGUUCAUUGGAGGAAACAUACCACUGCAUCCACAUGUGUACAGUAACGGCCAUAUAUGUCUGUCCAUUCUAACUGAUGAUUGGUCCCCAGCCCUCUCCGUUCAGUCUGUCUGCUUAAGUGUAGUCAGUAUGUUAUCUAGCUGUAAAGAAAAGAAAAGGCCUCCAGAUGACUCAUUUUAUGUUAAAACCUGUAGUAAAAAUCCCAAGAAAACAAGAUGGUGGUAUCAUGAUGACAAUGUUUGAUACAGUAACUCAAAAAUGGCAAAACAGCAAUAAACAUUUGUGAAAGAAGAAUAAAUGGAUAUCAGCUGACAAAGUUCUCAGAUAGUGAAGGAUUUAAUUUGUUUUGUUAAGAAAGAAAUUAUAUUGUCUGUAUGACCUCAACAUUUGUUUAUUUUUUAAAAGAUAUUUUUGUCAGUAUAUGUAGAGAUAAGAAACAGAUUACCACAUUCCGUUCUUUUUAUUGAGGCCAGGUUGUUCAUUCAAUUUAAAAUAUUUUAUUUAUUUGGAAUAGAAAAAUCUCUCUUUCCCUCUUUCAGGUCACAUAUUGUUUAUACAUUUUAAAAUUUGUUAGUUUCAAUUUAAUGUAGUGUACAGCUACAGUUCAACUUCCUUACCUUGAACACUGCUAUGUUUAGUACUUUGAUGUUGUUGAAGUGAAUCAACAGUGCCAACCUUAUUAUGAGAAUGAAUUUCAACCUGAAUAUCUCUACUUUGAAUAUCUUUAAGUUUUCUGAUAGUCCUGCCAUGUUUGAAAUAUCUAGGUUUGACUGUAAUUAUAUCACUGUCAUGUCUCUAUGCCACUUGACAAUGGUCAGCAUUCAAUUAAAAAAAAUGAGUCUACCACUUUGAUAAUGUUGUACAUUUUCUGAACAAUGGUGUGCACUGAAUGUCAUAUUUUUUGUGUUAUCAUACGUUUUCAGCAACAAAUGACCUCACUUACAGGAAAGUUAAAUCAUUUAAUUUUUUCUAAAUAGAACAAACUUUAGCAUAGAGAUUAACUGAGUAUAUUACAUCUUCAGUAGAAAUUGUUGUUAUUUUUCAAUGAAUUUCUGUACUUGUAAGUUUUGUUUAAAAAAAAUUCCAUUUCAUUAGAUUUGUUUUUCUGAAGGGGCUUGGUGUGCUGCUGUUAUGUGAAGCAGUCACCCAUCCAAGGGCUACACAGGCUUGUCAUUGCUUAAUUAACUUGCCUGAUUCUGAGGAAGACUCCACUGCAUAGAAUUAGAAAAGCUAGCUCACUAGCUAGGCAGUAUAAGUUCCCUAUGUGCUGUUCGCUACACUUCCCCCAACUCGGGGAAGCGUCUACCUGAAGCUUAGCAUGGGUUCUCUCUGAGUAUCUCAGGGCUCUUCAGUAAUGGCAAUCAAUGCCGUACACAAAGUCCUACCCCUAGAGCUUCAUGAAGCAGGUCUGAGACCUUUUCAGUAAUGAAAACCCGUGCCAUUCAACAAUACUAAGUCUGUAAAUGGACACUAAGUCAGAGCUCUAAGGCUUUCUGAAGCAGAUAGUCCAACACCGGAGUCACUAUAGACUGCCACAAAUUUUGUAACAUGAAGCAGUCACCCAUAGAAGGACUGUAGCUUAACUUGCCUGAAACUGAGGGAGGGCUGAACUGCAUCACUAGAAAAGCUAACUCACUAGUGAUACAUAAGCUCCAUAUGUACUGUCUGCUAUACUGCAUAUGAAGUAUAUAAUAUUGAGGUCAAACUAUCUCUUAUGGCUCAUAGCAAUGGCUUUCAAUUAAUUAUUGAAAGAAAAAUGUAUAACACAUAUCGACAUUGAAAAUUGAUGUUUAUCUGCUUUGUAAAAAUGUUAUAGAUAUAUAAUUAUUAUUAUACCGGGUAUUCUUUAGAGAGAUAUUUAGUGUAUCAUGUUAAAGAAUUGCUAUGUCUAAGAUUUUAUGUGUAGUGUGUUUUAUAACUUUGCAUUGUUUUGUUAUGAAACAAAAUUGUUUUUGUUGCACACUGAAAUCUAAUUUUUUAAUGUUACAUGUAUAUCAUUGCAAAAUUUAGGAAAUUCAAAUUUGUACUGCUCCAUUUCUGUUAUUGAAACAUCAGCUAUUUAAUGACACAGAAUUUUAAAGAGAGAGUUUCAGGUCCCAAAUCAAGGUCAAGUGAUAGUAUAGAUCAAAUUUUAAAAUCUUUAUAUCUGAGGUAUAAAUUUUACUUUUUUGUUGAACUUCUCAAUGAAACUGGGCCUGGAGACAAAAGGACAUGGCACAUUACAAGUCAUGCCAGUAUAAAAAUCAUGAAUUAAGGUCAAUUGUGGGGUUCAGAUAUCACCAUACAAGUUUUUCAAAAUGUUUAUCGAGGGAUUUUCCCUUAGUGUUGUCUUAUGAAGGUGUCAUAUUUUCAAUAAAAACAAUUGUAUUUUAUUUUGUUUGGAAAGGAAAUAUAUGAAAAAAAGAAGAUUUUUUCAGUAGUUUUAAUUUUGCUUAGAUGAAGGUUUUCUGUAAAAUUUGAAUGUUUGGCAAUUGUGAAAGUUUAUAGACAAGCUAUUAUGAAAAGCUUUUAAAUAAACAUAACAUUGAUAGUUUUAGUUCUUGCCAUUAUGUUUACAUGUAUAUAGUUAGCUAAUGAGAAUUCAUUUACGAAGAGGAAAUCUUUUUUUAAAAAAGAAAACAUCCUCAACCUUCUUUUUGGACAUGGAAUCUCUUAUUUUUAGAAAUUAAUGGGACAAUUUUAUUAGGGAGGGAGUUAAAAGACUCUGCAUUUAAGUAUUUGAUACAUUGUAGGUCAUUUAAUACAAUUCAAUACAAUUUAAUGCAGUUGACAAUGCAUAAGUACUCAUCAAUUAUGACUUUUUGAUGCAUUCAGCUAAUGCAUUAAGGCAUUGAAUAUUUCAGAAAGACAAAAUUUAAGAAAAUUGAGAAUUUGAUCAAAUUAAUUCAUGUCAAAUCCAAUAUCAAGUGAAAAUCAUGACCUCAUUUGAUUUUUAAAAUGUUAAUUAGUUACAAACAGGAAUAUUAUGCAUUGUAACUUUUAUUAGUUAACAGCUAAUGUGAGUUGACAACAGUUGUCUGUAUCAAGUUCUGAUUUGUUAAAUGUUUAUAUUUUCAAGAAUAAAUAAAAUGUCUUUCAUUAUA